GCCGCUUCCCGAACACUGUGAAGCUACGCCUCUUUCGGCCUCUCGCUGUUGACAUUCGCUGUUCGGAUUUUAGCCACUCAAGCUCCGACCGUCUAAGUCGUGAUACACGAAACGACGGGACGCAAUGCAUUGAAUGCAGCUUCAUUGAUGCCUAAUUAUUGGUGUCUUUGGCAAAGAAAGAUGGAUUGAGGAUCAUGUCAUCACAAUGCUUUCUCAUUUGCGCAAUCGCACCUCUAUCAACCGCCUUCAGGCACUCUCAUCGCAAAUCAGAGCGGCCAGCACAAUGAAAGAAGCGAUUGUAUCGCGCGGACCAAAAGUCCAAAUCAUUGAAAGUGCGAUUCCAAAAGCGGGACCUGGACAAGUUGUUGUCAAGAUUGAAUACGCUGGUAGUAACCCCAAGGAUUGGAAACGACCUGAGUACUGGGGAAGCAAGGCCGCCAUCAACCAGGGCGAUGAUCACUCUGGAAUAGUUAGUGAAGUGGGCGAGGGAGUCUCUGACUUCAGAAUUGGCGAUCGCGUCGCGGCGAUGCACGAGGGAAAGCAGCCUAAUGGGAGUUAUGCAGAGUAUGGUGUAAGCUGGGCAUACACCACCAUUCACCUACCUGAACACACUACUUUUCGAGAGGGUGCUGCCAUACCCUUUGCUGCAUUCACUGCGGCUAGUGCACUCUACGCAAAGCUCAAUCUUCCAACCCCGACGCAUCCAAUCUCCGACAUCCAAAAGUUACCCCUUGUGAUUUGGGGAGCUUCAUCAGCCGUUGGGUCAUACGCGGUUCAACUGGCCAAGAAGUCCAACAUCCACCCUCUCAUCUGCAUCGCUGGUCGUGCGCAAGAGCAUGUCGAGAGAAUGAUUGACAGAUCCAGGGGCGACGCAGUCAUUGACUACAGAAAGGGACGUGAGGCAGCCGCCCACGAGAUCAAGGCUAGUCUCAAAGGCAAAAAGCUAGAGUACGCCUUUGACGCAGUCUCUGAGAUGGGAUCUUACCAGACAAUCUGCGACGUCCUAGAUCACCAAACUGGAAAGAUCACUCUCAUUAUCCCAGCGCAAAGCUAUUCUGAUAUCCCGAAAACCAUUGAGAAGUCAGUCACUACGGUUGCUAGUGUACAUGAAGACCUGAAGACACUCGCCUGGGCGUUUUCGAGAUACUUCAGUAGAGGGCUUGAGGACGGAUGGUUCAAGGCACAUCCGCAAGAGGUCGUGCCUGGGGGCUUGGGAGGUCUAGAGAAGGGAUUGACGGACUUGAAGAACGGAAAGGCUAGUGCGGUGAAGUAUGUCUACAAAAUCGCGGAUACACGAGUCGAGCCUUCGCAUUAAGAAUCCCUUCGGACACCAAGUGGAUAGAGUAGACAUACAGACAGCAGAAGAAUAUCU